CUCUUCCAGCCCUAAACCCCAAAUCCCGAUCCCCGCUUCCUUUCUGCUUAGGUAGCAUCUCUGGAGAACCAUAUAACUCCUCGCGGGUUAUAAUGCGAAGCCAGUAGAACUCUACCUCCGAUCGACGGCGAAUUAUCCGACCAUGCGAUUCCAAGGAGCUCACCUGGCCGUAUAUUUGGCCCGCCGUUCCCUUCGUUCGAUGCUCUCCAGCGAGUCGUCCGAUGCCGCCACUUCCAUUUGGGUCUCAGCGCGGUGGCAUGUCGCGGGGAUAUGUACUUCGUCGAGGAUUCUCACGGAUAUAAAUCAGAAAACUGGUAAGUCAGCUAUUGGCCAUCGGUGUGCAAGUUUUUUUGAUCGUUGCUUCCAAAAGAGGUAUUUUCAUGGGACACAAGUGGUGUCCGCUAGAGAUUAUUAUGAGGUUCUUGGAGUGAGUAAAGGUGCAAGUGCUUCAGAUAUUAAGAAGGCGUACUAUGGGCUUGCAAAGAAGCUUCAUCCUGAUACAAAUAAAGAGGACGCUGAUGCUGAAAAGAAAUUUCAAGAGGUUCAACGAGCUUAUGAGGUCCUAAAAGAUGAUGAAAAGAGAUCACUUUAUGACCAGGUUGGUCCUGAUGCUUUUGAACAAGCUGCCUCUGGAGGAGGUCCUGGUGGGCCGUUUGGAGGUGCUGGAUUUGGGAGCCCAUUUGAUGAUUUCUUUUCUGGUGGUGGAAUGAACGAUUUCUUCAAGAACAUUUUCAGAGAUAGAGAAUUUGGUGGACAAGAUGUCAAGGUCUCUCUUGAGAUAUCUUUUAUGGAAGCAGUCCAUGGGUGCACUAAAACAUUGACAUUUCAAACUUCCCUCCCUUGUGAGGCUUGCGGUGGGAGUGGUGUACCUCCUGGUACCAAGCCUGAGACUUGCAGAACUUGCAAAGGCGUGGGAACGAUUUUCAUGCAAAGUGGCCCCUUUAGGAUGCAAACCACGUGUUCAAAAUGUGGUGGUUCCGGGAAAACCGUGAAGAACCUUUGCCAAUCAUGCAAGGGUAAUAAAGUCUUCAGGGGAACAAAAUCAGUAAAACUGGAUGUCAUGCCUGGUGUGGAUGAUGAUGAUACUAUAAGGGUCUAUGGCAGUGGUGGUGCAGAUCCUGAAGGAAAUAAACCUGGUGAUCUCUAUGUUACUAUAAAGGUCCGGCAUGAUCCUGUUUUCCGCAGAGAGAAAUCUGAUAUCCAUGUUGAUGCUGUUCUAAGUAUCACUCAGGCUAUAUUAGGUGGUACUAUUCAUGUUCCAACUCUUACAGGGGAUGUUGUUCUUAAGGUGAGACCAGGCACGCAACCAGGCCAGAAGGUUGUUUUAAAAGGAAAAGGAAUGAAGACAAGGAACUCAUCAUUCUAUGGAGACCAAUACGUCCAUUUUAACGUUACAAUACCUGUUAACCUCACAGAUAGGCAACGCGUGUUAAUUGAAGAGUUUGCUAAAGAGGAGCAAAGAGAGUAUAAGGGUGGUGCUGCUGCAGAAGCCUCAGGGUAACAACUCUUAUUUUACAAUGGGCCUGUUUGAAAUAUCCAAUUCUAUUAAUGUUUGCAAAUUUUUGGUUAAAUUAUAAUUUUACUAUUAUAUAGAUUAUAAGAAUAGGAUGUCUUUUGUAGCAAUUUUUCAUUAGACGCCACUUUUUCCUUCUGUAAAACGCUUGCAUUACGUUUGUGCAAUUCACCCAAUUUUAAUGUUACAUCACUUAUUUGAACUAAUAAUGAUAAAAUCCUCAGCUAAUGUGUAUAUA